AGGCAAGCAAAUCCUAAAGAAAGCUACAAACGUUUUGCGAAGGUUACAUUUAUAGCUUUAUGGCUUUAUCUUUAGCCUUUUAUAUGCUGCUAUAGAUUAUUUUAUAUUUUGCGCGAUCGAUUUAGUGGACCCAAUGGCGACAUUCCGCUGCAGGAAAUGUCGCAUUCUGUUGUUUUCUGUGCGCGAAUUGGAGUCACACACAGUUAGUACCGAUCAAGUUAAUCAAGUAAGCUCAGAUUUGGCUAGCUUUGACAAGUGUUCUUCAUGGUUCCUGAAAGAUAAGGAUAUACUUCCCUGGAUAGCUGAAAGUGUUGAAGAGGUAGGUUUGCGUAAGGAAUACUUAGACUGAACGAAUCGGGGACUGUUGUAUCCGCGCAGACCACAGGGUAGUUUCGAAAACGAAGCACUCGAAAACGAAAACCGAAGCACGAGGCACCCAAAUCUAGAAAGUGAAAACCCUAGAUCGAAAACGAAGCACCCUAGAUCGAAAACGAAGCACCCAAAAACUCGAAAACGAAGUACCUAAAAACUCGAAAACGAAGCACCCUAAAACUCGAAAUCGAAGCACCCUAAAACUCGAAAACGAAGCACCCAAAACUCGAAAACGAAGACCCCUAAAACUCGAAACCGGUCUGUCCUUUAUAAACAGAGACCAAUGCUAAAACAUAAACAUGUAUGUGUACCGAAAAAAUGCAUAUUAAGAUAAGAUGUAUCAAGUAUAGUGAGACUAAUAAUGAAAUAAAUACAGGAUAUCCUAUCUAGAAACGUUCGGUUAAACAGUUGGCAGGCUUUUAUAAAACCCUGGGACGGAUUUUCUGGACCUUUAAAGGUGCGGACGCAUCCACUGCCUCCACCUUAUUUGGAUCGCGUCAUGCAAGACGUAAAGUUGUAGUUAUUAAACCUACAGCAGUUUCGAGUUUUGGGUGCUUCGUUUUCGAGAUUUAGGGGUCUUCGUUUUCGAGUUUUGGGUGCUUCAUUUUCGAUCUAGGGGUCUUCGUUUUCGAGUUUUUGGGUGCUUCGUUUUCAAUCUAGGGGUCUUCGUUUUCGAGUUUUUGGGUGCUUCAUUUUCGAUCUAGGGGUCUUCGUUUUUGAGUUUUUGGGUGCUUUGUUUUCGAUCCAGGGGUCUUCUUCGUUUUUGAGUUUUUGGGUGCUUUGUUUUCGAUCUAGGGGUCUUCGUUUUCGAGAUUUGGGUGCUUCAUGCUUCGGUCUUCGUUUUCAAGUGCUUCGUUUUCAGAACUACCCAGACCACAGCUUACAUCUAAUUUAAGAUGGCAUUGCUUGAGUCUGGGGUAGGGAUGAAACGUAGUUUAUACAAAAACAAGGAAUGACCUAUAAUGAGCUACAAUAACCUACAAUAACUAACAAUGAGCUACAAUGACCUAUAAUAAGCUACAAAUACUACAUGUAGUCAAAUACAACUGAUGUCCUACAACGAGCUACAAAAAUGCGUGUUGGCGCCAGUCUGGCAUUUUUGCCUCAGAGCCAAUGACAUUGCUUGGACGUGACACUGGGCUCCUAUUUUCGGAGGAAACUUGCGAAGCACAUUUUGAAUAAGGCAAAACCAAAAGAGAGCCCGAUCUGAGAUAACUUGUGAAAUGUUAGGUUUUUCAAAAUAAAUUAUUGAAAUGGCGUUUUUACGUAACAUCUUUCUGAGAAAUAAUGUGAUCAACACGUCACGGGCACAGGACAAAGAAAAAAUCUAAGUCCCCAACGGUAAUUGUACCUAUGGCCUUCUGAACCUAUGACAGAUGGUAGGUUCAAUCCCUAUUGGGGACUCAGUUUUUUUCCUUGUCCCGUGCUCGUGAUAUGUUGUUCACAUCAUUUUUUUCUUAUUUCUUCACCGAGCUUAAAAUUCACCAAAUCCAUCUUUCUUUAUUUAUCACACACAUGACAAUUUUGAUUGUUGAUCCUGUCAGUAUGCACCAACGCAUGUCAUACAUGAACCUUGAAUAUGGCUCAGCUCACUACGAGUCCUUCAUAGCUCAGUGGUUAGAGCAUUAGACCAGUGUACAGAGGGUCAUACAUAGGUUGGAUUCCAGUCAGGGACUCAGAUUUUUUCUUUGUCCUGUGCUCGGGACAUGUUGAUCAGAUCAUUUCUCAUUUCUUCACUGACCUUAAAAUUUACCAUCAUUCUUUAUUUAUCACAACAUUACCCUGUAUUUUUUAUGAAUCACUCAAAAGAGGAAUUGCUUGGCUUUUAGCGUUUACAAAGGCUUGCUUGGCUUGUCUGUCACCUAAGUGGUUUGUUUACGCCCCGUGAGAAAUUUUUCUCACAAACCAACUAUGCGACAGACAAGCCACGCAAACGACUUCGUAAAUGCUAAAGUGAUGCAAGAGAGAAACCUCUACUCACAGGGUAGGCAUACCUUGAACUCAAAGUAUUGUUCUUGUACGAAAGUGUUUUGAACGUACAUGUAGAAGUCCAGAGAGCUGAUCAGUUCUAACCGCAACUUUUUUUUUCUUCAGGCCCAAUGGACAGAGGGAAAAAUAUACUGCCCUAAAUGCAAAAGUCGCAUUGGAGCAUUUGACUUUAUUCAUGGCAUUCAGUGCAACUGUGGAAAAUUUACCAUACCAGCUAUCUGGAUUCAGAAAAGCCGAGUGGACCACGUCUUACCUAACAGCCAGAUAACUAAUUUACAUAUAAGAUACCCAGUCUCUUUUGACCCAUUAACAGAGGUGCAUUUAAGCAACAUUUCAGAGGAGCAAAGAAGAGUAACUGAAAAUGAUUGCGAGUUACUUCUACUUGAAAACGUCUGCAAUUCUGAGAUCACAUCCCCAGAGUAUAAAAGUGAACAGCUGGGUAGGUAAGAGAUGCUUUGUCAAAAAAAAUGGUUCCAAUACAGCUGUAGAUGAGAAUACAAGAAGUGUUAAGAAAACUUAAGGUACAUAGUGCUAUCCAGAGUAAUUGGUGUCCCUAAUACAUAUCAGCUGGAUAUAUAGAAUACUUCAUGGAAAGUGUGGGCAUACGUGAUUUACGCACUCAUUGUUUUUGUAUCAGAAAUCUCACUCAUUUGCUGUGCUCACUCGUUCGUUUUCUGAUACAAAAACAAUGAGUGCUUAUAUACCGUACAAAGCACUUCCAUGUUGUAUUGUGUUUAUUAUAUACAUACUGAGACAUUCAUCAUGCAGCCUUUUUAUUUCAAAUCUUUCCAAAAUGCUUAAAUUUGCUGCUUUGCACCUUGAAAUGACAAACAAAAUGAAGCUUCAGCUUAUGAGUAAAAACAGUUGUUAAUAAUAUUUAUAUUUAAUGAGGGUAAGGAUAAGAGGUAAUCCAAGAAUUGCAAGGAGUCAUAAAGCCCAGCAAAAUUUUGUUGCAUAUAAUUAAAACAAUAUUUUGUUUUAUUUAAUAGUCGGCUACAGUGUAUCUACUAUGAAAGUGUGUGAACCAUUGUUUUUGUACUUUAAAAUACAGAUCAAACAAAUCCCUCUGCAAAUAGCACAAUUAAAGAAAUGACAAAAAAUCAUGUCGGACAGAAAUGGAAAAAGAUUAGAAAAAGGCAGCAUCAAACAAGAUUACUUGAAGACAGUGCCAUUGAUUUGCACGAUGAGAUGAAGAAAGAUCUAGAAGCCUCACAGGUAACCACUGGUUCUGGAAACAUGUACAAGUGUUUAAGAGUUGAUGAUGGGUUUGAUAGAUUUCCUAUCAGGCAUCAGGUAUGAGCAACAAAUUCAAUAUGUGUACAUACUGUAGGUUAGACUGCAAUAUUGCAUUUUUAUAGAUGUUGGCUCUCACUGAUUUGUGAAAUACUUGACCGGGUAGCAACACAAGCAAAAGCAUGAGUACAAGAGUUCUUAUUCCACUGCACAACAGCUAAGAUGCAAGCCUUAUGAUUGUCCCCUUGUACCAUUUGCAUCUGUGAAAUUUUCAGCUGACACAAGAUUCUCCUGCUUACACUAGGGCUUGCAUUCAUCUUCUGUCAAUUGUGAAAACCAGCUGAGACAUCUUUGACCCUCAUGUACGGCCCUUAGUAAGGCUGUGUGGGAGUAUAUCUUUGACCCCACCUCAUUCAUUAACUCUGAUGAUGUGAGAAUUGAACUUGCUUGCUAUUAAUGAUGUUCCAAAAAUGAGCUGUACCAGUGAGCAUACCUUGACACACUUGAGUCUAAUUUAUCUUCGAUGGACACUCCUCAGUCUGAUUAUACAUAGUCUGAUUUUUCUUUUAGUGUGAAUCAAAGUAAUAAUUUAAACUCUUCUUCAUGGACCAUAGACAACUAGAGGGGCCACACUCAUGCAAUAAAGAAUAUAAAGCAUGAAGCAGCUAGAAUUAACACAAUCAUGUGCUCACACUUCCUAAUACAGUGACCCACAUAUUUCAGUCUCAGUUAUUUUGUAUUCUUGCAUUUAUGUUUGCAUUUUACAGGUUGUUACACAUGAAAUUCAGGACCGUCAUUGUUGUGCUGUCUGUCUCGAUCUACUUUAUGAGCCAUUUAAGUGUUCUUGUGAUCAUGUUUUCUGUGACCCAUGCUUACGUCAGUUGAACUUUAGAAUUGGCAGAAAUGGAACCAUCAGUUGUCCUUUGUGCAGACAAACAGUUGAGCACGUGACUCCUGCCACAGGUACCCCAGCCCUGUUUGUGUUACAGGUCAAAAUUAAAUUCAGAUAAAAAUGUUUUAACCUGGGUUGAUUCUCAAUUUUUUUCGUUUUGUCUCCUAGCCAUAAUUCAUGAUUAAUUAGGACUAGGAGACAUUUAGGAAAGAGAAUCGACCUAGAUUUUAAAAAAGAUUAACCUGAAUUUACAUGUACAGUGUAAUUUUGACCUGAAGCAUCUGCAUCUCAGCUUUGUCAACAUUAUUAUUUUGCUAAAACUGGUUUUGUUUGUUAGACCUUUUACCUGUCUUGUGGUCCCCAUUCUUUAUGUCAGGAGCCCAUCAGGUGAUGGGCUCCUUUUUAUGUAUAUUUUUUUCAAUAUUAUUUUAUAAAUAAGGUUCAAACGCAUUAACAGAACUGUUGAUGAGAGAGAAAUGUAGAAUUUUCAAUGCUUCCUGUCAUUAACGGAAAAACGCAUAGCCAAAAAGUUUGAAUCAGGCUUAGAAUGAAAGGUUUUAGAGUCUCCAAUAACUUUGCAAUCUUUUUUAUCUACACGUUAUGUAAAAGGACUUGUUUUAAUUUACGUUUUAAUGUUGAUUCAUGAAGGAGUAUGGAAAAAAUGGCCAAAGUAACAUUUUAGUGCUUAAACGUUCAUAAUUUUUUCCUUCUUUUGUGACUCUGCAAGUUUGUAAUAACACUACUCUUUAAGAACAAUACAACUCAAACUGAAGUGCCUGAUAUUCUCUCUCGUGUUGCUGUUAUGUUUUUUCUUUAGAAUUAAGAAGUGAGAUAAGGAACACUUAUGAAACGCACAUUCUCAGGUAAGACCUCAUGAAAUAGGUGAUUACAUGAUUGAGCCUGGUCGAACAAACUGUCGUUGUUUAACAAAAUUACGUGUAUUAUAGCAAACUCGUGUUCAAACGACGAGAAUUUCUUCAUUCUUAGACUAGCACGUCAUGCCAUACGGUGUGUGAUUUUUCGUUAAUACUUGACACUGAAUAACUCAGGACAAUGCAUGUAUGUCUUGUCAUAAAGGUAGCGUUACAAGUAUGGUUUUCUGCUGCUUUCACAAUUUAGCAACAACGUUCUUUCUUACUGUAUGGUGUAUGUUAUUUCUUGCUCUAGGAGAAGACUAGGAAAUGUAUUAUGUGUCGUAGCCCCUCCCCCUUCCCCACUACACGAAAGGUUUCGCUUAUUUUGGACCGUGAACCAGUAUAUUUGUACCUCUUGUAAUGUGCUGUACAGGCUUGAGGUGUAGCUGUAGCUGGAGUACUAAAAGGGACGGCUGUUCUUUAGAUAUCGUCAUGUCACCAGCGUGGAAGAAUUGGCCGAACCUAUGACCUUCCAAUCACUGUUAGGGCGCUUCCUCUACUCUUCUAGAGACAGAGGCCAUUUACAAUAUUUGCAGUUUCGGAGAAGCUGUUUCAUGAAGUACAUAUUCUACCUAAUAACAAACUGGAAAUAAUGGUUCUCUGAAAAGGAGAGGGGUUUGGAUUUUUGGGCAGAUUAUACAUAUAUAACGGGCACAAAACUGACUCUCGGGAAUUAAUGAGUCAAUUUACACUAUGGAGUUACCGUUAGAAUUUCUUUUUCCCUUAGGAAACGUGAAAAAACCGAGCGCCGUGCGUCCUACAGAAAGUGGCCGCUUCCUUCAGGGAACUUGCCUUCAAGGAGAGUUUCAUCACGUACACAUAAUAUUUCCGUCGCCGCUAUUCUAGAUACCUGUAUUAUAGUAAUGGUAUGCGGAUUCCUGUUAUUCCUUGUAUUAACGGUAGUUGUACAAGUUCCAUCUGACUGA